AUGAUCGUCUUCGGCGACUUCAUCGACAGCACGCUCUGCGUGGCCUUGAACUUCAGCACCAUGGCUGCGGCCGCCAUCGGGAACACGUUGAGCGACGGUGCCGGGAUCUGGUCGGGCCAGUGGCUCGAGGCCAGAGCCAAGUCCCUGGGAUUCGAGGAGCCCAAGCUGAGCGAAGAGCAGGAGGAGAUGGGCGUCACGGUGCGCUGGCGGAACGUAGGCCAGUUCGUGGGCAUCACAGUUGGCUGUAUCCUCGGCUGCUGCCCUUUGCUCUGGCCUCCUGACAGCAGCCGGGUUUGCUUCCUUCUUUCUAUCGAGCGGGAGGAAGCCUUCGAAAUCGUGGUCAGCAAGGUGCAGGAGCUUCUCCAGGCCGAAGCAGUGUCUCUUCUCCUCCUGAACAAAGAGCGUGAUGAGCUUAUUGCAUCACACCAGACGAAGAAUCUACCCGAGCACUUUCACUGGAAGCUGGAUGAAGGAUUCAUAGGGCACGUGGUCAGCACGGGCCACUUCAUCAACGUGGCAGACAUCAAGGAUGAAGCACAGUACAACCCCGAGAUUCACGACAACUUCUUGAAGACCGGCAUCACAGUGCAAAGCAUUCUGUGUAUGCCUAUAUUCAGAGGCGGCGAAGUCCACGGCGUCGUCUCUGUCGUCAACAAGAAAAAGAACCACGGGGCCUUCACCCAGAAGGACGAGGACCUUCUCUCGGCAAUCUGUUCUCAUGUUUCUGUCGCCCUCAUCGACGACAAGCAGACCUUCAAAGAGGUCAUUGAGCAGUGCGAGAAGUCCAUGCAGGCAACAGGUUCGCCUGAAUUCACUUCAGCCGCCUCUCAGCGCAUGGCGACGCUCUUCGUCCCAGCCCUGGAGGGCAUCCGCACCGUCCUCGGGGCCGAGGCCACGGUGUUGAUGCUGCUGGACAGACAGUCGCAGGAGCUCUUCUCGGAGGUCAUUGACGGGCCUCUGCCGUACCACACGGCACCAGUGGGCUUUGGUGCAGCUGGCGAGGCUGUGCAAGUGGGCCACUACAUGAACGUGCCUGCAACCGAAGCAACAGGAUCGGAGCUCGCCGUGCCGCUCUUCGAUACGUCGCGAAAAUGCUUAGGUGCAAUCAAAUGUGUCAACAAGCAAGGAAGUCCGGCCUUCAACACGGAGGACGUGGAGUUCGUGACACAGGUCGCGCACUACAUAGGCAUGUUGCUGGAGGGCCCAGAUGCGGGUCUCAGGAGGGUACUGGCCUCCACCAGGCAGAAGAUGCAGACCAAAGCCGCGAUGCAGGCUGCGGACGCCAAGGGCACCAUCGUGUGUAACUUGGUCAAGGCCAGGAGCUUGCCCAGUGCUUCGAAACGAAAAGUCAUCGACCCCUACGUGACCUUCAGCAUCGCGCGAGGCAAUCCGUUGCAGCAAGAGCCCGGAGUUGAGCAGAGGGUCAUGCGAGUCCGGAACAAGGACAGGAAGGCAGCCAUCCGCAGAUUCGCCAAGUCCGGCACAAUUUUAGAGGAUCCGAACCCUUCCUGGAACGAGUCCAUUGCUCUCGCCUUUCCGAAGAAGUUUGAAGGCCGGAUCUUGCAGGAGCUAUGGGUGCACGUUCUCUUGUGGGACUACGACUCGCUGAGAAACGACGAGCUGGUGGCGCACGCGGCCUUCUCCCUCUCGGAGAUCCGGGCAGGGAAGCUGAAGAAGGUGGCGGCGCACGGGCUGAGGCCCCUGCCGGGGACUGGCAAGGCCUCUUCAGAGGCCCCAGUGCUUGGACCGGACAAGCAGAUUGCCACCCUGUGGGUCUGGCUCUCGCAGACCGGUCCUCUUUGA